UUACUGGUUCAGGGAUUGAACUUUCCAAGUGACAACCUAACAGCAGCCAUCUCACCCUUACCUCAGUCCAACUCAAGCCCCUCUCGUCAUCACUCGAUUAAAAAGCUUCAAAACCAAACACGCAAUCAUCAAACGGUCUUCUUCGUCUCCCUCCCUCUCUCUCUCUCUCUCAACAAUAAGAACCAAGCACAUUCCUUGCAUCCAUUGGAAUAUCCCUCUCUCUCUUUCGAUUCAUUGUCCUCCUAAAUCCAUCUCUUUCGUAUGAAUAAUUGAAUCCCCAAGUGGAUUUUGGAACUACAGUUUCUCCUUUUCCUACGUAGAGCGGUUUAUUUUUAGUAAAUUUCAUUCGAUGGGCAUCUGCAAAUAAGCUUUCAUGUGCAUUAUCCCUCCUCAAAAUCCAUCUUUUGCGAAGUUGGUGCCAGCGAAUCGAGCGAUUCAAUCCGGAGGAACCCAAUACGCUGCUGCCACCAAAUUGGGUUCCUCUCGGGAUUGAAGGGUAGAUCGGAUUUUGGUGACGGAAAUUCGCGUUUUUCUAUUCCACGGCGGUCGGGAAGAUGAACGCAGUGGAACGAUUAGGGAGCUACAUAACGAGGGGAGUCUACACUGUUGCCGGGCCAUUCCAUCCGUUUGGUGGCGCCGUUGACAUCAUCGUGGUGGAGCAGCAGGACGGCACCUUCAAAUCGACACCUUGGUACGUGAAGUUCGGCAAAUUUCAGGGAGUGUUGAAGCGACGGGAGAAGCUUGUCACCGUCUCCGUCAAUGGCGUGGAGGCUGAGUUUCACAUGUUCCUGGACCACAAGGGCGAGGCUUAUUUUCUCAAGGAGGUUGAUCAAGAUGACGACGAUGGGGCUCCAAGUGCGCCAUCUUCCGGUGAAGACACGGAGGAUGGGAAGCGGAGAAAGAAGGGUGGUUGUCAGUCCGAAGAUUUGGACAGCCGCCAGAGAUCGGAGUUGGACGAAGAUCCCAUGAAUCCGGCGAGGACGGUGAUCAAUGAGAACAACGGGAAGUUGCUGAUGAGGACCAAUUCGAGGCGAUCUCGCAUUCUCGGGCUUGUUUUUGGGAGGAGGUCGAUGAAGGGGGAGAGGAGGGACGGCAGUGGCGUCGAUAGGAUCGACUCGUUGGAGAGAGCUGAGAUUGCAGCUGAUCUUCUCGAAGUCAAAUGGUCGACCAAUUUUUCUGAUCGUACGAAGGAAGGUACUGCCACUAAUUCUUCGUCGCUGUCUUCUACCUCUCCCUUGACUAAUGGCAGGGAUGAUCCUGGUUUGGCUAAGGAUAGACGAGUAGGUGGGAAUUACGACGCUAGUGCUUUGAUUUUGAAGAAUUCUGCUCGGGAGAGUCCUUCUCUGCCGCAAGAUGAUUCAAUUGUAGGAAAGAACUCUGAAUUGGACUUACCAGAAUCUCUAAACUCUUGUUCUUCGCUGGAAUGUAGCUCGGUUUUGUCUCUGCCUGCUGAAAAAGAAACACAAGGAAACGAUUGUGUUGGCAUUGAUAAAGAGCUGGCAAUGUCUCCACCAAUUACAGAAUCGGAGAGUUCGGACGAAAAAGAACCAAAAGAAAAUGGUGGGAACGUCCUUUCGACGGAUGGAGUUUCUGAUGUGGCGAGGGAGGUGAAUGGCGACGCCCCAUCAUCUUCUAAUAUUGCUCCACGCUGGAAUGUAGCAGAAGAGGAAAAUUGUGAUGUUGAUUUUCUUGAGUUGGUGACUUCUGGUAUGAAGGAUCCUUCUUCCAUGCUAGAAGAUAGUUCUGUUGGGGGAAUGGAUGAUGGGAUGGAGUUUUCAGUUCUCCAAAAUUCAUGUUUAACGUUGGAAGGUAGCUUUCCAUUACCCAAAAGUGCUGAAAAAGAAGAACAAGAAAACGACUGUUCUGGCAUCCGUGCCGAGGCGCAAAUGUCUACAAUGGUUAUAAUAUCAAAACGUUUGAAUUCAGGUGCAAAAGAAUCAAACGAGGAGUGUACGUGCGUCACUUCAAUGGCAGAAAACUCUAAGAAGGAGAGUGAAUCAGAAGAUGAUUCUCUUUCGUCAUCUACUCUGGAACCUGGGGUCGAUGAUGCUAAUACAAGGACUUGCAACGAUGAGGUUAUUGAGCAGGAAACUGUUCAGAAAGGCUGGACGGAUGAGGUUCAACUUAAUGCUGAGUUGUUAUGUGAGACAACUGAGCUGGUUAAUGAACCUACUUUAUCGCGCAACUUGCUUAUACAGGUCGAAGAAAAAAGAGAAAAUUAUUUAAAACUGAAACAAGAUGGAAAAGAUCGUUGCUGCCCCCUUGACGAACACGAAAUUGUAACAGAGAAGAAAUAUAAGUCUAGUGAUUUCACCUUACAAAGUUAUGGUUCAGAUAAGAUGAUUGAUGGUAAUGAGACAGAAAACGUAUUAGAAUAUGGUUCAACCCAUACUGGAGACAUGGAAGUCUUUCAAUUCGAUGAUAUUUCAGAAAACGAAAAUCUUGUGACGAAUGUGGCUGUUGACGUGGAUACAUUGGAUAGAGCUUCUCCAAUGGAGACGGCGAAGAAUUCUGAAAGCCAAAGGGAACAUCUAGAUGAUGUCUGCUCCUCUCCAGAUCAAUUUGACAAUGCGGAAGUCACGGAAAAUUUGUCAUAUCAUGGUGCCAAUUUAGCAUAUCCCAGCUAUCCACCAUCAUUGAAGGAUAAAACAUCAACCGAAAGCAUUUCGUCUGGUCAGGGCGGUCACAAGGCAGACAAAAAUGAGUUAGAAAUAGAUAAUGAUGUCACAGUGCUGACCUCUGUGGCUAGUUCCCUGAAUUCUAUUAAUGGCAGUCUGACUGCAUCUUGUUCAGGCCACGUUGCAGGCUGUCAACUUUUGGAAGAUGAGCUUCUUACUGAUAUUUCCAGCUUUCCGAAUGGCAAGGACAAUGUUCCAGCAUGGCCCUCCCAAGAUGCAGCAGUUGAUGGAGAAAUGAUGACAUAUGCUACCAAUGGUACUCUGGAGAAGACAAGUGAGCUGGAGAGGAUGCUUCACGAAUCAUCUUUGUCUUCCGAGCUUAUCUUUGAAUCAACCACAGAAGAUGACAUACAGGAGUCGUCGUGUGGUUGUUAUCAUAUGACGCCUGUUGAAGCAAUGGAGAGAUCCAAGCCAAUUAGCAUCUUAAAACCUCUCAAGCAUGAAGGUGAUGCCGAACCAUUCUCAAAAUCUUUACCCGUCCUCAGAUCUGGCAUCUCUGACCUGGAAAGCUUUGGCAUUCAUACUCUAAGUCAUUCACUGACUUCAAACUAUGAACUCUUGAAGAUGGGAAUCCUCGGGAAGGAUUUUGAAAGCCCUUCAGAUGAUAGAGUUGCAUCUAAAGUUAAAAUGGAAACCGAGCAGAGCAAGCCUGAGGGUGAUACUUCCGUUUGUGAAACUCAAAGUGGAUCAGAAUCCCAAAGGCCUCAAGUUGACAAUCUCGUUGAAAUAUCUCUUUGUAAGCACUUGCUGUCUGAAGGAAUGGGGAUCGAAGCUGCUUCAAAGACAUUUGAUGCCGAGAAAGUUUCUUUUGAGAAGUUCAGUGCUUUGGGCCCAUCAAUUCUGAAAAAUGAUAGGCUUGUAGUUAGGAUAAACGGUCAAUACUUUCCAUGGGAUGCUGCAGCACCAAUUGUUCUGGGCAUGGUUUCAUUUGGACAUGAAAAGACAUUGGAACCCAAGGGCAUGAUUGCUGUUGAACGAAUUGAAAAGAAACUUGAAAAGUACCCCUCCUCUGCAAUUGUUCCCUCAGGUGGAAGCUGGAGAUUCUGGCCGUUUGGUUUUAACAAAUCAAAAUCACUUACAGCUACUCGGUCACUCCCAAGUGAUUGCUUGGGUGACAGUGGUGAAAAAUCUCUUGAGAAGCAACUUAGUGCAGCAGAAAGGGAGGAUAUGAAUACAAGAUCUACUAAGAAGGUCCGAACAAUUAUUCCAACAUCUGAACAGUUGGCAUCACUGAACCUGAAAGAAGGGCAGAACAUAGUAACUUUUACAUUUUCUACUGCAAUGCUAGGAAAGCAACAGGUUGAUGCUAGAAUUUAUCUUUGGAAAUGGAACACACGGAUAGUCAUCUCAGAUGUUGAUGGAACCAUCACUAAAUCAGAUGUUCUUGGACAGUUCAUGCCUUUGGUUGGGAAAGACUGGUCACAUUUGGGUGUGGCACAUCUAUAUUCUGCAAUAAAGGAAAAUGGUUAUCAAAUGCUAUUCCUCAGUGCUCGUGCUAUCUCGCAAGCUUAUCUAACAAGGCAGUUCCUUUUCAACCUUAAGCAGGACGGAAAAGCGCUUCCUGAUGGACCAGUUGUCAUUUCUCCUGAUGGGUUGUUCCCUUCCUUAUUUCGAGAAGUUAUUAGAAGGGCUCCUCAUGAAUUCAAGAUUGCAUGCCUUGAGGAUAUUCGUGCACUAUUUCCUCCUGAUUGCAAUCCAUUUUAUGCUGGUUUCGGAAACAGAGACACAGAUGAGAUCAGCUACCUGAAGGUUGGAAUUCCAAAGGGUAAAAUUUUCAUCAUUAAUCCCAAGGGUGAGGUAGCUGUGAACCGUAGGAUUGAUACAAAGUCGUACCAUUCCUUGCAUUCGCUUGUUAAUGGCAUAUUUCCAGCUGUGUCCUCAUACGAGCAAGAGGACUUUAACUCAUGGAAUUACUGGAAGAUGCCUCUUCCUGAUAUCAAUGACUAAAGUGAAUCCAGAUGCUUCAACUUCCAGUGGAAAUGCUAAACCAGUUUAUGUUCAUGAUCAAAGGAUGCCAUAAGCAUAUUCUUUCUAUAGGGCCUGCAGUUAGCACAGGCACGUCUUCUGUGGAACCGAGUAUUGUGUAUAAAUUAUCACGAUACCUUGCUAGCAGAAAUUUUGGCAGUCUAACUCCUGGCUUUGGUAACUUCACCUAAUCAGCCUGGAGUUUCAUCACGGUUGUUCCACGCUAAUCAGAUGAUAGUCCAAAAAGAUGCUCUCCAUCUGGCCAUCAUCGGAAGAAAAGUUCUCCUUCGCGGGUAAUUUGAGUCUGUACAGAUUAACACUCGUACUAAUUUGACCAAGUUUAGGUGAAGAAAUUGUAUAGAAGCUGGGGGGCAAUGCAAGAAAUUUUGGGGUAUCUGACAGAAUAUGUAAUUUAUUUACAGUGCUAUUCUUAUGUAACCUUUCCAUUCCAGCAGAUUGAGUGGUUCGGUAAUUUCCAUCGUAUGAGGGCAAGUGUUUGAAAGAAAUUUGUAAAGUAUCUUAUAGAACCCUUGUGCACAUAGUGUUCAUUUUUCCUGCAGUGCAAGCCUUGAAAGAUGAUAAUAAUGGUGAAGAUGUACAGAUUCCUGUUGUUUUA